AUAAAAAAAAACAAAUACUUGGCCUCCAAGGAUUAUUUUCUUUUCUUAUUAAAAAAAAACAAACCAAAUACUUGGUCUUCAAGUAAUUUUCUCUCUAUUGGCUAUAAAUCCAAUUCCACACCUCCAAUCCUUCCACCCCAGCUAGCGUUCGGUAUUCAUAUUAGAGUCUGAUCACCCAUCCCUUCCACUCCAAUUGUAAUUUCUUGUUUGAUUGUCCAUUCAUUUUCGGUAUUCAUACUAGAGUCUAACUGCCCCAUUCCUUCCACUCCAACUACAAUUUCUUUUUUGAUUUUCCAUUCGUUUUCGAUAUCCAUAUUAGAGUUUGACCGCCCCCAUUGGUCGGUUGGUGAUUACUCCAAUUACAGUAUAAUUUCCAUAAUGGCUUCUCUGGUUGGCCCUCCAGAAAUCCAUGGCAAACAAAAAUCACUACCAGUUUCCACCAUCACCACCACCACUACCACCAACAAUCCAUUCAUAGAUCUAAUGGUAGCAAAUUUCAACUCAACACAAGUCCAAAACCCUUCAAAUAUGGGCUACACUGAAAACAUGUCUGCAACUUAUCUUUCUACUACCAAUCCUUGUUUAGAUUUCUUCUUCCAUGUUGUUAAUGAUACUCCUCCCAAAUCACUCAUCCAGUACUUACACCGCGCUUGGGAUCAUAAUCCCCUAACAGCAUUGAAACUGAUCUGCAAUUUGCGUGGUGUUCGUGGUACUGGAAAAUCUGAUAAAGAAAAUUAUUACACUGCUGCAUUGUGGCUUCAUCAGUUUCAUCCUAAAACCCUAGCUUGUAAUUUAGAAUCUCUAGUUAAUUUCGGGUAUUUCAAGGAUUUGCCUGAGAUACUGUAUAGGUUACUCGAAGGACCUGAGGUGAGAAAAAGGGCGAAAAAGGAAAAGAGUGGUAGAAAAAUGAAGAGAUUAAAACCAGAGAACGGAGAUUGGAGACCAUUUGGAGGAGGACUAAAUGCGAGUACUGAUAAAGGGGCGAAGAAAAUUGAAAUGGCGAAAAAGGCUUUUGAUAGAUACAGAGUUGAUCCGGAUUAUAAAUUCUUUCAUGAUCGCGUAUCUGAUUUAUUCGCGAAUUGUUUGAAGUUGGAUCUUGACUUGUUACGCGCUGAGAAAUUGACGGAGAUUAGUCUUGCUGCUAAAUGGUGUCCAUCUUUAGAUUCGUCUUUUGAUAAGAGAACACUUUUAUGUGAAACUAUAGCUAAGAAGGUGUUUCCAAGAGAAUUGUGUCCUGAAUACGAAGGGAUUGAAGAUGCACAUUACGCGUAUAGAGUGAGGGAUCGAUUGAGGAAGCAAGUUCUCGUUCCUUUACGUGCUGCAUUAGAGUUGCCAGAGGUUUAUAUAGGGCGAAAAGAUUGGGGUUCGAUACCUUACAAUCGAGUAGCAUCAGUUGCUAUGAAGAUAUACAAAGAAAAAUUCAUGAAAUAUGAUGAGGACAGAUUUAAAGAGUAUCUUGAGAAAGUGAAACAGGGGAAGGCUAAGAUUGCUGCUGGUGCAUUGCUGCCUCAUCAGAUAAUCGGAGCACUAAACGACACAGAUGAUGGAGGUCAAGUUGCUGAAUUGCAAUGGAAGAGAAUAGUAGAUGACUUGUCGAAAAAGGGGAAGUUGAAAAAUUGUCUUGCUAUUUGUGAUGUAUCUGGUAGUAUGACGGGUACUCCAAUGGAGGUGUCUGUGGCAUUAGGAGUCCUUGUUUCGGAGCUGAGUGUAGAGCCAUGGAAAGGCAAGCUUAUAACGUUCAGUAACAACCCGAUGCUUCAAAUAGUCGAAGGGGAGAGUUUGAUAUCCAGAGUCGAGUUUGUGAGAAAAAUGGAAUGGGGAAUGAAUACUGAUUUUCAAAAGGUGUUUGAUUUAAUACUAAAAGUGGCUGUUGAUGGGAGUUUAAAAGAAGAUGAAAUGAUCAAAAAAGUGUUUGUAUUCAGUGACAUGGAAUUUGAUCAAGCCUCGACGAAUCCAUGGGAAACGGAUUAUGAGACGAUUGUUAGGAAAUUUAAGAUGAAUGGUUACGAGAAUUGUGUACCUGAGAUUGUGUUUUGGAAUUUGAGAAACUCAAGAGCUACACCAGUGAAAGCAAACCAGAAAGGAGUUGGACUUGUGAGUGGUUUUUCGAAGAAUUUGCUUACGUUGUUCAUGGAAGAAAGGGAUUUUAAUCCUGAAGAUAUAAUGGAAGCAGCAAUUUCUGGUGAAGAAUAUCAAAAGCUAGUUGUGAUUGAUUGAUCAAUGAAAAAUUUGUGAUUAAAUUGGACAUUUUGUUGAUGUUAUUGUGACACUUUUGACAAUAGUACUUGAAAUGAUUACAA